CUGGAACCUCCGAGGAGCUCGGAUAUGAUGUAACAGCUGCGCGGACUUAUCGGAAGUUGGAGGCUUGUAACAGAGAAAAACGUUGUCAGUAACUAUUUUAAAGGCGUUAAAGUUGCAGAAUUCGUUGUUCUUUUGCUGUUUAAUCAAAUGGCUUAUCCAGGAUACGGCGGGUACGGCGCUCCGAUGCCCGGCAUGCCAGCUCAGGGAAUGCCACCCCAAGGCAUGCCAGGGGGCCCCAUGGGAGGCCCCAUGGGAGGCCCCAUGGGAGGCAUGGGUGGGCCGAUGGGAGCACCCCAGGGAGGAUAUCCUGGAUAUGGAGGAGGCUAUCCAGGUGGAUAUGGUGCCCCGCCCCCAGCUGCUAAUGAUCCAAUGUGGGGUUACUUCACAGCUAUAGCCGGCCAGGACGGUGAGAUUGAUGCGGAGGAGCUGCAGAGGUGUCUGAGUCAAGCCGGCUUCACCGGCAGCUACAUUCCCUUCAGCCUGGAGACGUGCAGGAUCAUGAUUGCAAUGCUGGACAGAGACUUCACGGGGAAGAUGGGCUUCAAUGAGUUCAAGGAGCUGUUCACGGCUCUGAGCGGCUGGAAGCAGAACUUCCUGAUGUUUGACCAGGACCGGAGCGGGACCGUCGAACCUCACGAGAUGUCUCAGGCCAUCAACGCCAUGGGUUACCGAGUCAGCCCGCAGGCCCUGAACGCCAUCAUCAAACGCUACAGCAAGGGAGGCCGGAUCUUCUUUGACGACUACGUGGCCUGCUGUGUUAAACUGCGAGCCCUCACAGAUAACUUCAGACAGAGAGACAACAUGCACCAGGGCUCUGUCAACUUCCAGUACGAUGAUUUUAUCUUGUGCACUAUGGCCAUUUAACGUGCUGCCGUCUGUCCCACCACAUGAGGGGAAGGCGUUCGUACCCGUCGGCGACAGACUCCGGAUCAGUGCCUCGGAGGAAUGUAAAGGGAGGCCAGUAUAUAUCAGAGUGAACAGGACGUACCCACUGCUUGUAACGCUUGUUGUAAUGCUUCAGUCUUUGUGUCAUGAAUAUUAAGCAGGUGCACAAUCCACAUUAGAGAAAACUAUUAGACUUUAUUUUAAGCUUUUAUCAGAAAGGUUUCUGACAAUUAUUUUUGAUGAGAUAUCUGAUAAAUUCAUAGAAAAAAUUACCCUGAAGAGCCUUUAAAGAUGGUGACUGUCAGAAGAAGAGUUAUCUUCCAUGUAAGGUGGCCAUUUUGACACAUAAAGGAUGUUCUGUGUACUGUUGUGCCAUUUUAACCUCAAUAUACAGUCCAGAAUAAUCAAACCAUAUUUUUAUAUUUAGGGUCAUGUAAGAUGCCUGAGCGUCAUGGCUUAAAUGAACGUACAAUUUGCCUUUAAAUGCUUUUUUAUUUUUUAUUUUUCUUGGAAAAAAGUUUGUAAAAUAUGUGUUACCGCCAAUGUGUGAAAUCCGUUUUUCCAUGUCCAUCCAAGUAUGAAAUACUUGGAUACAUUUCCUAUGUAUUCCGUGUCAAAAGGCAGACUGACAGAGGACAGACCAGCGUCCACCGUGGCUGCGGCGGCCUGAGGGCGUCGGCUAUGUUUCAGUGUAACAGCACAGUGAAUUUAGGGGGUUAAUCGGCAACUCUGGGUAUCCAUGUCAUGACAAAGCUUAAUGUGGAGCAAUGGGUAACGCUUGGUACGCUAGUCAAUGCUAACGGGCUAAGAGACAAGGGGCUGGAGUGUUGCUGAGAGUCAGUGGCUGAUUUGGGAGAUGUUGGGAAAUUUCAUUCUUUGCUCUUCUUGGUAACCGUGGAAACUAUCCAUGCCGGCCAACGGUGGCGCUACGAGAUGACUGGGACUCGCCCCCGCAGCCAUAUUCGUCUAUGGGAUCUUUCAUUUUCUAAGAUGGUAAUUGUAUUUUCAGAUGUCUGAUUCCUCCGUUUAUCUAAAGAUGACAUUUUACCCUCCCUCAGCCGAUCGUCGUCACUGAUCCCCCCGUAGCAACCAGUCACGUAAUAAUGGCCGAUAACGUGAAUUUUUGAGCCAGUAACGUAAUAAGUUGUUAUGCUAUUGUUUUUUUUAAAUUGGGUAGCAUGAAAAAAAUCCACUGUAAAUAUAAAAAAUGUGAAGUAAUCAGUCUGUUUAUCAGAAAUGUUAUUCUUUAAGCAGUUUUUGUAGAGUUCACGCAUUAAAAAAAAGAAGUCGUGAUUGCAUUAUCGGCAAGUUAUUACGUUAUUGGCUUCAUUGCAUUUAAAAUAUCAAACAUGUUGUUCGUUGCUACACCGUCACAAGACCCCAGUUAGACGAAGACGGCUUCACUUUGCUGAUUUAGAACAACGGACCGACUUUAUUGCCAGUAACAGCAUUUUAACGAUGGAAAGAGUAAUUAGAUUAUCCAUUACCAGGGGGAUAAUUAACGGCAUUUGUUGUGCAUCAGUGCAUACUUCACACGUUGUCUCAGUCGUAUUUAUUAUUCUUUAUAAUGCCCGGGAAAAGUUCGGACCAUCACACGUUUCCUACCUUGUUUUUCGUACAUUGACGGUAACAUAAGUGAAUUCUCAUAAACUUUAAUUUACUAACAAGCCAAAGUGACUGUGAGCUGUAAAUUCACAUAAGUUAACGUAUUUUUUCUCAACGUUCUUGUACAACUUGUUUUCAUCUCGACACUCCGGGUGUUGCAGAAAAAUCAUGUUUACUCUCAAUAAACACAUAAAUAAUCAGUA